AAAUGCACGCUCGUCGUCCUACUCUCACAAAAAUAACGAUCCAAUGGGAAGCGUGUAAACAAUGGCUGUGUGAGCGGCGAUUGGUCACGCUGUCGUCAAGCCAACCGCGGCCGACUAAUCGGCUUGUCGCUCGCUACGGCGCCGACAGAAAGCGGCGGCGCUUUCCGUCCUGUCCGUUCUCCCCACUCCCGCGUUCGCACGUCGAGCAUUCAGUAGACUCGGCCAUUUCUCUCGCGAAACGUUGCGAAUCGUUCGGCCGCGCGACGUUUUUUUUUGCGACUAUACCGUGCGGGAACUCCCGGAAGUUUUGCAAAAUAACGCGACGCAAAAGGAUGAUACACUCCGGGCGGACCAGGCUCGAGAAAAAAACAAUAACUCUUCGACAAUUAAGAGUGGAAACGGUGGGAGCCGCCCAUGCGGUACUGUCGGUCGACGAGUGGGAAAAAGGAGGCGGCGGUACCGGUGGACAAUGGUGGAAGCAGCAGCAUCCAUCCUAUCAUCACCAUUAUCAUCAUCAACAUCAUCAACAACAUUAUCAUCAUCAGGGCGGCUAUUACACGUCGCAAUCGCACUCUCACAACCCUGUCACUACCAUGAAGCAAUCCUACAUGCAGCUAACAUGGGUGUUUCACGAUGACGAGGCGCAGAUUAACAAGAAACUGCCAAAAGAAUUGCUACUCAGAAUUUUUUCGUACCUCGAUGUCGUAUCACUAUGCCGUUGUGCCCAAGUAAGCAAGGCCUGGAAUGUAUUAGCGCUCGAUGGGUCCAAUUGGCAAAGGAUCGAUCUCUUCGAUUUUCAACGAGAUGUGGAGGGACCAGUAAUCGAAAAUAUCUCAAGACGUUGCGGCGGAUUUCUCAGACAGCUCUCGCUCAAGGGAUGUCAAAGUAUCGGCAACGCCUCGGUGCGCACUUUAGCCCAAUCCUGUCCCAAUAUCGAGGAGCUCAAUCUGAGCGAGUGCAAGAGGAUCUCGGACGCGACCUGCGCUGCUCUCAGCAACUAUUGUCCCAAGCUUCAGCGACUGAAUUUGGACUCGUGUCCCGAGAUAACGGACAUGUCCCUAAAGGAUCUCGCGGUCGGAUGCCCGCUGCUCACUCACAUCAAUCUCUCGUGGUGCGAGUUGCUCACCGACAACGGGGUGGAUGCUCUCGCCAAGGGCUGUCCGGAACUGCGCAGUUUCCUAAGCAGGGGAUGUCGCCAACUGACGAACAAGGCCGUAAUGUGUUUAGCACGUUACUGUACUAAUCUCGAAGCGAUCAAUCUACACGAAUGCAGGAAUAUAACGGAUGACGGAGUCAGAGAACUUAGUGAACGAUGUACACGGCUGCAUUAUGUGUGCCUGUCGAAUUGCCCUAAUUUAACGGACGCGACGUUGAUUAGCCUGGCACAACACUGUCCACUUCUCAGUGUACUCGAAUGCGUCGCGUGCACCCAUUUCACGGAUACGGGCUUUCAGGCCCUCGCGAGAAAUUGCAAACUGCUCGAGAAGAUGGAUCUGGAAGAGUGCCUUUUAAUCACCGACGCCACCCUCACUCACCUGGCAAUGGGCUGUCCGAGAUUAGAGGAACUAAGUCUGUCACACUGCGAGCAGAUCACCGACGAAGGCCUCCGGCAAAUCGCAUUGUCGCCGUGCGCGGCGGAACAUCUGGCUGUCUUGGAGCUUGACAACUGCCCGAACAUCACGGACCACGGGUUGAGCCAUCUGAUGCAGGCCUGCCACAAUCUUCAGCGUAUCGAACUUUACGACUGCCUACACAUUUCCAGAGAGGGCAUACGUAAACUCAGAGCUCAUCUACCAAAUUUAAAGGUGCACGCGUAUUUCGCACCGCCGACUCCGCCGCCCAGCGCGGGAGCCUCGCGACAACGAUACUGUCGGUGCUGCGUCAUUCUGUGAUUUUGCCUUCAACUCCUAACUCCGAAGUAAAAAUCGUCCGAUAUACACACCCACGGGUUCACAGUGGACACUUAUCGGUGAUCGCUGGCUCUACGGCGAUUGUGGGACCUCUCUCUCGUGGUUUACCGGAGGAGCGCUCCGGUUGCCUAUCACGCAUUGAUGAAGUGAGAAACCGGACUCGUUGUCAAUUGCAAAUCGUUGAAAAUUCGAUUCGAGCUCCACAUGCAACGAGUGCAAAGUACGUCACCACCAUCAUCAACACAGCCACUGAUGCUACUACUGCAAUUAUCCACUAUGACCGCUGCUGCUGCUGCUGUUGCUACUAUUACUACUACUAUUACUAUUACUACCGAUGUUACACUACUACACUUAUUAUUAUUAUUAUUUCUAUUUGUACUUCGUUAUUAUCUCGAUAGUAUGUGUGCAUCGCUAUUAUCUCGGUUAUAUUACGUACGGAAAGAGAGUUGAAAAGGAAAGAAAUUCUCAGGUUAGCGAUAUUAUUGUUUUUAUGAUCCUCAUAUUUUUUAACGUGACGUUUCGUCCAUCGGCGAGAGAGAAACCGAUGCGCGCUUUCUGAGCUAAUCCCAGCAUCAUUUACUGAGCGACGUAUUUAAAAGUGGGGCGUCGCUUAUUUUGAUUAGCGUCCAGACGCGUAAUUUCCUAGCGCUACGCGAGCGAGUUUAUCGAUUUACGUUGCUCGAUAAACGCAAGAUACUUAUUUUAAGAUACAUGUAAAUGUAAAUCUUAUAAAAAUAUCUUAAUGAACACUCCGCGCGCGUAUACUACGAGUGGGGAGUAAGGGAGGGGAAAGGAGCGAGGACGAUAGUUCUUGUAGGGGUAAUUGAGGGCGUUUAAUACGUGCAAUUGUAUUCAGAAAUUGAAUUUUUGCACACAUCUCGAUGUGUAAAUCGUAGCAGUUUCUCAACGAACACUGCCUAUAAUGUUAUUGAUAAAUGAGAAAAAAAACAAAAAACAAAAAAAAACAUACACAAACGAUAUAGCGACCACGAAUCGAAUCUCGUCGUAAUGAUAUUUAGAGUAUUACUAUCGUUUAUCGUAUAACGUAGUCAUAUGCGCACCGAAUAUGUUCGGUAUAAAAGUGUAAUUUCUUCUCGGUGUCUGUUUAAAAAGUAUUAACGGAUCGCGCGUACGAAGAUUACCGAGCGACACCUACGAAUUUCUUUCCUUUCGUAAAAAGAAAAAAAAACAAAAAAAAGGAAGAAAAAUGCGUAAGAAAAUCCUUGUCGCGGAGUUUUUCGCAUUAAGGGCGCACAAUUCAACUUUAACAAUGAGAAAUUUCGACAUAUUGUGUUUGUGGACACUCGAGACAGAGAGAGAGACAGAGAGAAAUGCUCCUUUCGAGUAACGUCUUUCAAGACUCGUGACGACUCUAUCGCUACCGUCGCAGCUUAGCGAUACGGCCCACGAGAAAUGCAUUUUACUUUUGAUUUGCGAGCAGACGCGAAUCGCUCGCGAAUCGAUUAUCUUCGAGUCCCGUGUAAACGUAAAUCACUUCUCCUCGACAGCUUGAACAUCUAUUCUUUCAUUUCUUUUUUGUUUUAUUAAUUUUUUUUUUUUUUUUUUUUUUUUUUUGUAACUUGUCAUGGACUAGGAGAGCACAGACUGACAAACGAAUCAAAGCGUUAAUGUGUUAAAAUCGAUUAACUUCGUGCCGGCGACAGACAGCGCUGGCGUUUUUACUUUUUAAGCUUAGGUUUAAAAACGGAAUGGCGGCAGUAUCAUGAGGCCACUGGACGUAUAUCGUGAAGAGCGGCAAAAUGGCGAAAUCCCGUUGCGCGCUAUAUCUUCGCCAACACCUAACUUUUCACGGAUACACUCUCGUGGCUGCAGUGACGAUGUGCCCGAUGGUGAGAAAAACAAACACACAGACAAAAAAAAACAAACAAAAAACGUAUGAUCUUUGGCCCAGUGCUUGUAAAGUCCGAUUAUAAGCAAUCUUUCAAUCGGAUCGGUAUCACGGUAUUGUUGUUCGAUGAAGCAAAUCGAUUUUUGUGCGGGAUCUUCGCAUCAGGCGUUGUAAAGAGACGACGAACAGAUUUUUUAUUACGAGACGCGGAAUAUCGAGUUUCGAUUUCCGGAGAACAUGACCGCGGGAGAAACGAAACGAAACCCCUUUUACAUGUGGAUUGCGAUUUUCCGAGUAAUUGUAGCACAAAGAAAAAUUCUACGUAAUGCGGUUUAACUCUUGCGGUUCAACUCGCAAAAUUCUUGAUGACGAAACGGAUUUGGGUUGGUUCCGAAUCGAUAAAGUUUAUUUUGAAUAUAAAGGACACUCUCUCUUUACACACACAUUGGUUAUAUUUUUAGAAGCGUACUCUUGCCAGAUUUUUAUCGAAGAAGCUGAAGAUACAUUUUUGGACGCGUUUAAAUGGCCGGUCGAAGAACCAAAAAAACAAAAACGCGGAAAAUUCAAGCGGUCCAGUUUUUGAAGUGCAAUAUCCGUCGAGACGCGCGCCUCGUUUUCCUUCCUCUGUCUUUGAUUCGUGUAUCGCGAAUGUGUGAACCCGGCUGGCACAAUGGCACGGCGUGUCGUUGCAUUCAACAAAAAAAGAAAAAAAGAGGAGAAAAAAAACACGAAGUACCGAAGAUUGUUAAUCCUUUUGGUAGCGUGUAAGAAACGUACCGCGUAUAUAUAUUGAAGUAUAUAGCGUGUAACAGAAAUAACGGAUGCGACAACCUAGAUAUAUAUAUAAAUAUAUAUAUAUAUAUAUAUAUAACAGUAAAUAAAUAUAUAGAUAAGAUAUGUUUUAUACGCUGCAUGUGUCAUCCCUAGUGGAGUAACGUGAUCAUUGUAAACGUGUCGUUCGAAAUCAGGUUAAAUUAAUAAUAAGCGAUGUACGAUUACGCGCAUGACGUAACCGCGAUGAUGCAGGACACACACCAAUAGACACACGCUGUCCGCUAAUCGUGCAAAAAGCUUUUCAAACUUUUCGCACGGAUCUCGGAACGAGUGUUUGCGUUUUCCUUCCUAGCUUCUUCGAUCGGGAAAAAAAAAAAAAAA